GGCUUUCGGGGGCCGGGGCGAGCUGGCGGGGCUCGUGUUUGAUCAACUUCGCGCUUAGGUGCUUUGUUUUUAACUCGCCUUUAUCCUCGGUGCUUCUUUUAUAACUACUCCUUUCCUUUCUUUUAACAAGUAGAGGGGGGAGGGCAUCUCUCACGAAAGUUUUCCCUUCACGGAAGGCGGGACUGAAACAAUACCCCGAUGCUUUGUUCAAAUAUAAAACCUCCAGCGCUUUGCUUUCCCCUUUUUUUUUUUUUUUUUUUUUUUUUUCGGUUGGGUUUUAUUGCCGCCGCUGCCGCUGUUGUGAUCGCGCUUUCCCCCUUGUGUUUACAGCGCCUGUGAGGGAGAGACGCUCGGAGGAAGGACCGGGAUCCCUGGGCUGCAUCAGCGCCGAGAGCAGGAGCCCGGCUCAGCAGAGCUGCGAGGAUUUCACCUUGUUGCUGUUUGUUUCGGGAGAUUCUCGCUCCCCCCACGCCGGACACUGUCCAGCUGAGUGUUUGCUUCCUUGCUGCGUCCACAACCGGCAAGAGAAAAAGCGCUUUCCCUCUUAGAGGUGAUUUUUGUCGCGGUCUCCCUGCUAGGAAGGGAUCGGCACCAGCCUUCGAGGAGAGAGACAGGAUCAACUGAGGUUUUCCCUACCUCCGGCUGAACGUGAGGAGUUCAAGUGACACCGGCACCGGCCUGUGGCUGCCUGACUGCACAGCGAGCUGGAAUCACAGCCAGAGCUGCUUGAUUUACCUGCUCGAGGACCCUUCAAACCCUUCUAUUGACGGUAGAGAUUUGUAUUCCAAGGAAAAUCGGAUUAAUAUAAACUAUGCAGAGCUUUGCGGGGAUAUCGGGAGACUACUCUGUCUGCAUGGCUAAUCUUGAAAUUGUCUGAAAUAAAUCCUUAGCGCAAGGAAUAACGAGACACUUUCAAUUAGUUUUUUUUUUUUUUCCUUGUCGCUUUUUUCCCACCCCCCCUUCUGCGAGAAUUUAACACUUCCAUCGGAGGGUUUUUACAGGAGGAUGGGACACAUGCUGGAGAACUCACCACGCUCCACAAAAAUUACGGGGUUAACAGUUUCCAUCACUGUUGCGGUAUAAAAGGUUCUCUUUGGAUUGUCUGCUGGUGGCUGCUAAGAUGGAUCAGUUUCUCCCUGUUCCUGUUUGCGAUGUGCUGAAGGAUCCGGAUUUACUGAAAUACUGACGCCUAUGAACUUACUCCCUCUCUGCUGAAGGCAUUGGAUGUGACAGUGCAGAGAAACAUGUGUUUCACAUUUCUGACUGGUUGUUUUGGUGCAAUCAAUACCUCCACAAGAAACAUUGACUUAGGUGGCGACUGUCAUAGCGGGAGGCACACGGAGCGCUGCUCCCGGCUUGCAGGCGGAGCGAGCACAAAUCAAAGAUCCCGCCGAUCCUGGCGAGUGGGGGCUUCGCUUCCCCCCAAAGCGCGGGGCUCCGGCUCCCGACCCUCCACUGAGAGCCCGGCCCGCGGGUGCGGAAUGAGCGAUGACCAAAGCGCUGGCAGGAGUGGCAGCCAGUCGGAUCGGAUGGGCAUCAGUGAGGCAAUACCGGUUGAAAGGAAGGUGGAUCGCGAAAUUAUUGCCCGAAGGAAUAGCAGGCGAGGCGGAAUGAUGAUAAAGUUAAACUUCUGUUUCAUCUUCUGUCGGGGAUGGUGGGCGUUUCUGUUGCUUCAGCUCCACAUGUUGCAAGCACUGGCACAAGGGGAUGUUGCACCAUUCUUCAAGACAGAACCAGGCUUGCCCCAGAUCCACCUGGAAGGAAACAGACUGGUCCUUACGUGCCUUGCUGAAGGCAGCUGGCCCUUGGAAUUCAAGUGGUUGCACAACGACAGUGAAAUAACCUCCUACUCCAGUGAAUACAAGUACAUCAUCCCAGCUCUGCAGAGAGCUGAUGCUGGCUUCUACCAGUGCGUCGUGAGGAACAGGAUGGGGGCACUGCUGCAGAGGAGAUCUCAAGUCCAAGUGGCAUACAUGGGAGAUUUCAUGGGCACAGACCAGAGAAAAACAGUGACUGAAGGACAAGCUGCUGUUCUGAACUUCCCACACAUCCUCAGCCACCCAAGGCCCCAAGUGACGUGGUUUAGAGACGGGCACAAGAUUAUACCAAGCAGCAGAAUAGCCAUCACUCUGGAGAACCAGCUGGUGAUCCUGGGGGUGUCAGAGACAGAUGCAGGAGGUUACUACGUCCAAGCAGUCAACGAGAAGAACGGGGAGAACAAGACCAGUCCCUUCAUUCAUCUCAGCGUAGCACGUGCCAGCAGCCCCCCGGCCAGCGCGGCUCCUGCCAUGGUCAUCCGCCCGCACAACACCAGCGUGGUGGCGGGGAGCAGCGAGGCCACCCUGGAGUGCGUGGCCAACGCCAGACCUCUUGAGAGGCUGAGCGUGACCUGGAAGAGAAAUGGGAUCAAGAUCACCAGUGGCAUCAGCAGCUUUGGGAGACGCCUCACUAUCACCAACCCGACCUCUGCUGAUGUGGGGAUGUACUUCUGUGAAGCCAAACUCCGCGAGAGCACAGAGGAACCAGCAAGAGCUAAAGCUUUCCUUUCUAUAUUGGAACCUCCGUAUUUCACGGCUGAACCCCAGAAUGUGAUUUUGGCUGAGGUGGAGAAGGACGUGGACAUCCUGUGCCAGGCCAUGGGUGUUCCCAUCCCCACCCUGGUGUGGUACAAGGACUCGGUUCCCCUCAGCAGGCUGGAGAACCCGCGGUACAAGGUGCUGCUGAGCGGGGGGCUGCGCAUCCACGCGCUGCGCCCGCAGGACGCCGGCAUCUUCCAGUGCUUCGCCAGCAACCAGGCUGGGGAGAUCCACACCUACACCUACCUGGAUGUCACCAACAUCAAGCCAGCCUUUAUCCAGCCCCCAGAGGACACCACAGUCACCGAGGGGAUGACUGCAGUACUGACCUGUGAAGUUUCAGGAGCUCCACGACCUGCCAUCUCCUGGAAGAAAGGAGAGCAGAUCUUAGCCAGUGGCUCGGUGCAGAUUCCUCGCUUCGUUCUCCUCGAGUCUGGAGGGCUCCAGAUAGCGCCCGUGUUCCUGCAGGAUGCUGGCAAUUACACUUGCUGUGCAGCCAACUCUGAAGGAGCUCUGAAUGCUUUUGUGAUGCUGACAGUGUGGAAUCGCACUUCCAUUGUCCACCCUCCCGAGGACAGCACAGUGAUCAAAGGCACCACAGCCACCCUGCGCUGCGAGGCCACGCACGACCCCAGAAUCUCAAUCAGGUACCUUUGGAAGAAGGACAGUGCUGUGAUAAAUCCAUCCAGCAGUUCCAGGAUCACAGUAGAGAAGGAUGGGACCCUCCUCAUCAGCCAGACGUGGUCGGGUGACAUCGGGGACUACACCUGUGAGGUCGUUUCUUCCGGAGGGAACGACUCCAGGACAGCUCGGCUGGAAGUGAUAGAGCUGCCUCACUCCCCUCAGAACCUGGUGGCCACCCUGAACUCCUCCUACAGCCGCAGCGUGGUGCUCUCCUGGGUGCGCCCCUUCGACGGCAACAGCCCUGUGCUCUACUACGUGGUGGAGCUCUCUGAGAACAAUUCUCCCUGGAAGGUUCACCUGUCAAACCUUGACCCGAAGAUGACUGGUGUCACUGUGAGUGGCCUCACUCCAGCCAGGACCUACCAGUUCAGGGUGUGUGCAGUCAACCAGGUGGGCAAGGGCCGCUACAGCACCGAGACCAGCAGGUUGAUGCUACCUGAGGAGCCCCCCAGUGCCCCCCCUAAAAACAUCGUGGCCAGUGGGAGAACCAAUCAGUCCAUCAUGGUCCAGUGGCAGCCUCCUCCUGAGAGUGAGCACAAUGGGGUUCUCCAUGGCUACAUCCUCAGGUAUCGCCUGGCCGGCCUCCCAGGAGAGUACCAGUAUAAAAACAUCACCAGUGCAGAAAUCAACUACUGCUUGGUGAAAGACCUGAUCAUUUGGACCCAGUAUGAAAUCCAGGUGGCAUCUUACAACGGAGCUGGGCUGGGAGCCUUCAGCAGGCCUGUGACAGAGUACACCCUGCAGGGAGUGCCCACAGCUCCACCUCAGAAUGUGCAGGUUGAAGCCGUGAAUUCCACAACCAUCCAGUUCCUCUGGAACCCUCCACCCCAGCAGUUCAUCAAUGGCAUUAACCAAGGGUACAAGCUCCUGGCGUGGCCGGUGGAUGCUCCCGAGAGUGUGACCGUGGUCACCAUCGCUCCGGAUUUCCAUGGUGUCCACAGUGGCUGCAUCACCAACCUGAGGAAGUUCACCAGCUACUACACCUCAGUGCUGUGCUUCACCACCCCAGGGGAUGGCCCUCGGAGCCCUCCCCAGCUCCUGCGCACCCUGGAAGACAAGCCAGGAGCUGUGGGACACCUGAGUUUCACUGAGAUUCUGGACACCUCGCUCAAGGUCAGCUGGCAAGAACCUGUAGAGAAGAAUGGCAUCAUCACAGGGUACCAGAUCUCCUGGGAGGUGUAUGGCAGGAACGAGUCCCGCCUGGCCCGCACCCUGUCCAACAGCACCCUGGAGUACAAGAUCACAGGGCUGUCCUCCCUCACCACCUACACCAUCGAGGUGGCGGCCGUGACCGCCCAGGGCAGCGGCUGGGUCACCUCCUCCACCAUCUCCUCUGGAGUGCCCCCAGAACUUCCAGGUGCUCCAACCAACCUGGUGAUUUCCAACAUCAGCCCUCGCUCUGCCACGCUUCAAUUCCGCCCGGGAUACGAUGGCAAAACCUCCAUCUCCAAGUGGAUAGUGGAAGGCCAGGUUGGUGUGCUGGGUGAUGAAGAAGAAUGGGUCACUCUUCAUGAGGUGGAGAAUGAACCUGAUGCUCAGAUGCUGGAGGUACCAAACCUCACUCCUUACACUCAUUACAGGUUCCGGAUGCGGCAGGUGAACGUGGUGGGCCCCAGCCCACUGAGCCAACCCUCGCGGGUCAUCCAGACCCUGCAGGCACCGCCGGACGUGGCCCCCGGCAGCGUCACCGUGCGCACGGCCAGCGAGACCAGCCUGUGGCUGCGAUGGGUGCCGCUGCCCGACACGCAGUACAACGGGAACCCCGAGUCGGUGGGGUACAGGAUCCGGGCGUGGCGCGCGGACCUGCCGGCCCCAGCCCUGCUGAAGGUGCUCGCCGACCGCCUGGCACGGGAGUGCACGCUGGAGGAGCUGCAGGAGUGGACCGAGUACGAGCUGCAGAUCCAGGCCUUCAACGCCAUCGGGGCAGGGCCCUGGAGCGAGGCCGUCAGAGGUCGGACACGCGAGUCGGUUCCCUCUGCUCCUCCUGAGAAUGUCUCUGCUGAAGCCGUGAGCUCAACCCAGAUCCUGCUGACCUGGGCAGCAGUUCCUGAGUCUGAGCAGAAUGGUCUCAUCCUGGGCUACAAGAUCCUUUACAAAGCAAAGGAUUUGGACUCGGAACCCAAGAGCCAAACAGUGAGGGGGAACCACACCCAGUCAGUGCUGCUCUCAGGCCUGAGGAAAUUCGUCCUCUACGAGCUCCAGGUGCUGGCAUUCACCCGCAUUGGGGAUGGGGUCCCCAGCUCCCCAGCAGUGACAGAGAGAACCAAGGAUGAUGCCCCCGGGCCCCCUGUGAGGCUGGUGUUCCCCGAGGUGAGGCUGACGUCCGUGCGCAUCGUUUGGCAGCCGCCGGAGGAGCCCAACGGGAUCAUUCUGGGGUACCAGGUUGCCUACCGCCUGGCCAGCAGCAGCCCCAACAAGUUCACCACGGUGGAGGUUGGCUCCACAGUCCGGCAGUUCACGGCUACAGACCUGAGCCCAGAGUCAGCCUACAUCUUCAGGACAUCUGCCAAGACCAGGCAGGGCUGGGGGGAGCCUCUGGAAGCCACGGUGAUCACCACUGAGAAACGAGAAAGACCAGCACCUCCCAGGCAGGUGAUGACCCCUCAGGGCGACGUGUCCUCCCGGAGCCUGGUGCUGACCUGGCUGCCUGGCAGUGAUGGAUCGUCACCAAUCCGAUAUUUCACAGUCCAAGUGCGGGAGCUGCCACACGGAGACUGGCAAACCUACUCCUCCUCCAUCAGCCACGAGGCCACAUCCUGCAUUAUCGAAAGCUUGAACCCGUUCACAUCCUACAAGCUGCGUGUGAAGGCCACCAACGACAUCGGGGACAGCGACUUCAGCGCGGAGACAGAGGCGGUCACGACCCUGCAGGAUGUUCCAGAUGAACCACCCAGUUCUGUGUUAGUGACUCCCCACACGACUUCCUCUGUCCUUGUGCAGUGGCAGCCCCCCAAGGCGGAGAGUGUGAACGGGCUCCUGCUGGGAUACCGCAUCUACUACCGGGAGCUGGAUUACGACACCGGGCCUGGGACAGAAUCCAAAACCAUCCAGAACCCCUCAGCUCUGAGAGCAGAGCUCACACCCCAAAGCAGCUUCAAGACAGUGAACAGCAGCUCUGCAUUAACGACGUAUGAAUUAACACAAUUGAAGAAAUACAAGAGAUAUGAAGUACUAAUGACAGCAUAUAAUGUCAUUGGUGAGAGCCCUACCAGCACACCAGUGGAAGUAUUUGUGGGUGAAGCAGCACCGGCGCUGGCCCCACAGAACAUCCAAGUCAACUCCCUUUCUGCAAGCCAGCUGGAGCUCACCUGGGACCCCCCUCCUGCCGACAGCCAGAACGGGAUCAUCCAAGGCUACAAGAUUUAUUACUGGGAGAGCGACACCCUGAACGACACGGAGAAGGUGAAGGUCCUUUUCCUCCCGGAGACGAGCGUGCGGCUGAAGAACCUGACGAGCCACACGCGGUACCUGGUCUGCAUCUCCGCCUUCAACGCGGCCGGGGACGGUCCCCGCAGCAGCCCCGCGCAGGGCAGGACGCACCAGGCGGCACCCAGUGCUCCCAGCUUCCUGGCCUUCUCUGAAAUCACCUGCACUACCCUCAAUGUGUCUUGGGGCGAGCCAACAGCAGCAAAUGGAGUCCUGCAGGGUUACCGAGUUGUCUACGAGCCUCUGGCUCCCGUCCAGGGGGUGAGCAAGGUGGUGACUGUGGACAUUAAGGGGAACUGGCAGCGCUGGCUGAAGGUCCGGGAUCUCACCAAGGGCAUGACCUAUUUAUUCCGAGUGCAAGCCCGAACCAUCGCCUAUGGACCUGAACUGCAAGCCAACAUCACAGCUGGGCCAGCAGAAGGGUCUCCUGGCUCCCCUCAGGAAAUCCUGGUGACAAAAUCUGCUUCUGGGCUGACACUGCAAUGGACUGAGGGAGAUUCAGGAGAAAAACCCACAACUGGCUACAUUAUAGAGGCACGACCCUCAGAUGAAGGACUCUGGGACAUGUUUGUGAAGGACAUCCCUCGCAGUGCCACCUCCUACACAGUGGGCCUGGACAAACUCAGACAAGGAGUCACCUAUGAAUUUCGGGUGGUGGCUGUCAACGAGUUUGGCUAUGGAGAGCCAAGUGUUCCUUCUGUGGCAGUAUCAGCACAAACAGAAGCCCCUUUCUAUGAGGAGUGGUGGUUUCUGCUGGUGAUGGCUCUCUCAAGCCUCAUCCUCAUCCUGCUGGUGGUGUUUGCAUUGGUCCUGCACGGCCAGAGCAAGAAGUACAAGAACUGCAAUGGAGGUAAAACCAUCUCCAACGUGGAAGAGUCAGUCACCCUGGACAAUGGAGGCUUCACUGCUCUGGAGCUCAACAGCAGACACCUGAACAUCAAGAGCACCUUCUCAAAGAAAAAUGGAACCAGGUCUCCUCCUCGGCCAAGCCCAGGGGGGCUGCACUACUCUGAUGAGGAUAUCUGCAACAAGUACAACGGGGCUGUGCUGACCGAGGGCUUGGGCCUCAACGAGAAGCCCCUGGAAGUGUCAGAGUCAGAGGUCACUGACUCGGAUUACGAGGAUGAAUUGCCCAAGCACUCCUUUGUGAACCAUUACAUGAGCGACCCCACCUACUACAACUCGUGGAAGCGGCAGCAGAAAGGGGUGAAGCAGCACCCGGCGUCCUACAGAUACGAGGAGUGCACGGCCAGCGAGGCAGAGCCCUAUUUCCAGACUGUCAUCACCACACAGAGCUCAGGAGGGGUGUACACCCCCACGGGCCAGCCCGCGCCCGGCUCCCGGACUCCAGUGACAGGAUUCUCGUCCUUUGUCUGAGCGGGGCUGGGGACACGGCGGGACAGUGACCGCGUGUGCUGAACGCUGGGGGACCUCUCUUAUCAGGGUAGAAACGGAUGGGAACACACCUGAGGCUGGGUUGUUGGUGUUUUGGGGGUUUUUCUUUUUUUGUUUUUUUUUGCUUUUGUUUUUUUUUUCCUUUCUGAAGACAAUCAACUCUAUAAGAACAGCGAGCUGAACUAGCUGAACCUUUGUUUAAGAAAACAAAAAGAAAAAAAAGGAAUUCUGAACAGUGAUGAUUUUAACCACUUGUGAAUAUUAGGGGUUUUUUAACCGCUUUUUGUAACACUGCUUCAGGAAGCAGCUCCCAUGCCCUUCUCCUUGCCUCUUUCUUUCUCUCCCCUCCUCCUGUCCCACUGCUCCCAAACAAGCAGGUGAAUUCCCUAGAUGCAAUGAGUGACUCUGUGAUGUGAUUUGAAGAGAAAACAUAAAAUCUCCCAGGCUCCUUUUUCUUCCUUUUUCUCUACUCCUUUUUUUUUUUUUCUUUCUCCUUUUUAAUUUUUCUCUGUCAUCAAAGUUAAGUAGUAAAACAUAGAAAAUGGACACGUUUCUAGGUGAAAAGCAGACACCUCUCUUCUCCUUGCUGCUCCACACAUUAGGAGCACUGGCUGAUCAAUGUAGGCUCAGAUGUGUCACUGUGUCUGCUCUAAGCUCACAACUGGUGUAUUUAUAUUGAAUUACUGACCUGCUUUUUUUUCUUCUUCAAAUGGGACCUGCUGCAUUCUUUAAAUAUUCCAACUCCAGGGCCUUUGGAAGAGGAGAUGGCUCAAAAGAGCAUUGUAGGCAAUGGUGGGUGAAGCAAGUGGGAAGAAUUCAGAUGUAAGGUCAGUUAAUUUUCGGUGUGGCUCUAAUCCUCCUUGUGGACUGCAUGUACCAUUUGAAUCAGUCAUUUUUUUAAAAGUCAAAGGACACAACCCAGCAAGCCAGAGGAAUUUUUCAAUUAAAAUUGCAGUGACAACCUAGCGAAUUUACUAAUUGAUGAGGGUUUUGAUCAUCAGAGUUACCAUGCUCUGCCAACAGAAGUUGAACAUCCUUUCUCACCCAGACUCUGCAGUUCUGCUUAUUGGUCUGUAAAAAGGUACACAGUGGCAGGGUUUGUUUGAUUUUAUUUUUUUAGUAGAAAGACACACCAAACAGAUUGGGUGAGUUUUGGUGUCCACAGGUGCCUUUUAUUGAUUCUGCAGCUUCAUAUCUGGGAGAAGCAAAAAAGUGUCUCCCAAUAAAGCUAACCAGGUUUUUCAGGCUUUGGGGUCAUGAAUUACCUUGUGCACGUUUACAGCCUGCUUUGUGCACUUGAAAUUACAGCCUUUGGAAAGAAAAGAGGAGACUUUUCGUUUAUUUUUCAUCCUUUUGUACAGCUCACUUUUUGCUUUCUUCUUUUCUAUUCUUUUCCUGAGUCUGUCAUGUUUAGUAGCAAGUUGUUUACUCACAAGGAAGUUGUCAGGCUUUGAAAGAACCCAAGUAGCAACAGUCCUGGGUCACCAGACUUUUUAUCAUAAGAGUUUGAAAGGUGAAUUUGGAAGUAGGAGAGUUCUUGUCACGCCAGGAUCUGGCAUUUCUUUUCAGGUGGAUAAGCCAGGAAAAUUGGUGCUUGCUAAUAUUCUGUCAAGGCUCAUGUGGGCAUUGUUACCAUGGAAAAUUGUCCCUUUUCUCUCAAGGGAUGUGGGACAUCUGUGGCAGGGGGAGGUUGUUGAAACCAGGCUGCCCAAGGACCUGGUUGGGAGUAUCCUGGUGGCACCUCACCAGAGCUGAGGUCCAAGGGCCAGCUCAGCCUUGCUGUCACCUUUCAGUGCCUCUUGGACAGGGCAAACAAUCUCAGAACUGCUUUUACUCUUGGGCACUGCCUUCAAGCACUGCUGCUCUUGGUGCAUGCUCUGCAUAGCUUUGGCACUGGAUUGCUGUUCCUCUCCAAAGGUUCCAGGAAGAAAAAGUUCAAAACCAAAAACUCCAGUGGGUGUGUUUAAGGGCUUUUGAGUUUGGGAUAAUGAUCUGCAGCUCUUUAGAUGGCAAGGGACUCGCAAAGACACGCUGAGCCAAAACCCUGUGAGUCAUCCCCCUCUCUGCACCUGGGUAGGAUGUGUGUGGGAUGGAGAUGGGGCUCCAAAGAGGAUGACUUGGAGUGUGCUGUGAAGAGGAAUGCAAAGCAAACAAAAAACCCACUGCCUUCUGUGCACUUUGACUGUUCUCUUAAGCCAUAUGGACUUUGCUUUAAUUACUGAACUGCCAAAAUUUGUUUUCAGUCUGUGUUUUUUGUUUCUUAGACAAAAUUAUCUACGUGACUUUCUGAUUUGUUUUCCUUUUCCUUUGUCAUUUCCUGCAUCAGAUUACAUAUUUUAGACAUGUUUUUAUACAUUUGACACAGCAAUGCAAUUGCUCUUGGAAUUUUAAUGGCACUUGUCCAACAGGUGUAAGAGGUAGUGCUGCAGGAGGAGCCCUCCAAGGACCACUGAGGACUUUAGGGAUGUAAAUUAGUAGGAAGUAGAUGGAACACCGAAGACUUUGCUCCAAAGGCAUAGUGUAACUCCACACCUGCUGAAUAUUGCCUUGCACUUGGUGUAAGAUGCAGUUACCCCCUGGGGUUGAUCUGAUACCACACUGAGGAAAAAAAAGCCAAGAAAAUCACAGGGAAUAAAGGAAAUGGACUUCAUGGCCACUGCUCCGCUGAAGGACAACAUGGGGAGCAGCACAAUCUAUACAAAGCGAGAAGAAGAGACUGCUUCUUUUUUCUCAGAACCAGCUGCAACUAAAAAGCCUGAGCUUGCUGAGGACCUGCUGAGUUGGCUGUGUGGCUCUUUUCUUCUGACUGCUGUCAAAAUAACAGGUUAGGUGUGAUUCCUUUAGGACCUGUUGAUCCCAGCAAAGUUGUUUCUGUUCCAUUCUCAUCCACACAGUUGUCACUCUUGGUUAUGUUGUGUUCAGGAGCUGGCUUUUCUGACACAUGGGUUUAUUUUCAAUAGGCAGUUGCAGAGUGAGGAGGUGCAGUGCCCACAUAUGCACAGGAUACAUUUCCUGCUGUGCAGGAUCGUGUGUAGCUCCAUGUGUGGUGCAUCCACCCUCUUGCUAACACACUCAACUUGUAAAAUAUGGUUAAUAGGUAGGUUUUAUUUACUUCACAUAUCAGGGAAACUGUUUUAUCUGGAAGGAAAUAUUCCAUCAGUUAGGAAGAAAGCUCUAUUUCAUUGCUGCAAUCUUUGGAAAUUGCAGCCUUGAAAUACAACUUUUAAACAUUAGUUGUCAUGUUACAGUAACUUCACCCAUUGAAUUCUCUUCCAUUUCCAUCUUCCUGUUUAGAAAAGUCUUGAAAAAUGAAGGCUUUUGUUUAAAAUGACUUCUCAGGAUAUUUUAUUUUUAUUUAUUUAUUUCCCUUUUCCUGUUUCUCAUGUCUCUUGGUGACUGUUACUGAAAAAUAAAAGCAGCAUCAUGAAAUGACCAAGGGAGACAUUUCAGAGAAUGGUUUAAUAGGAGCUUGUUUUUCAUGCAAUAGCUGUAAAAAUAUCCAGUCUCCUGCAGGUAAAAAGUGCCCAAAUCUUCACCCCCUGCAGGGCUGAGGUGACAGCAGUCACCACUGUCAGCAAUGCUCCCAGCCCCAAACCUCAAGUUGUCCCUGUCAUAAAUCAUGUGCAAAAGUGCACACAUGAAAGGAGCUGUGCUGUUCCAGCCCACUCCGAGUAGAGCCUUUUAUCCCUCCCAAAAUCUGUCACACGUGGUGUGUCCCUGCCAUGGCCCACACCACUGCGUGGGGUAUUUUCCAUUCCUGCCUUUUAAUGCUCUGAUGUUUGGGCAGGGCCAGCGCUGUGCAGGUACAAAUGGAAGUAGUGACAAGGGACAGGAGAGGGCACUCCUUUGCUUUCAUCAGUGACAGUCUCUUAUUUCCUACCCUGGGAGUCACUUCUGGAAUGACUUCAUGGGGAGGGCAGGGAGAGGCAAGAGCAAAGGCUUUCAUCCACAGUUACUAAAGGAAUCACACUUUGGCCAGUGAUCCCACUUUUGGGAGCAGUCAGCAUGACUGGAGAGAAAAAAGAAAAAUACACAGAAAAGAAACUCAUCUAUUACUCUAACACUCUUCAUUUUGAGUGUUAAAACCAGUGGUGUUUUGCAAAUGGGCCAGGAUCUCAUUUUUCUUCCUUAUACCAAGUCUCUGCCAGAAGCUGCUGUAGCAAUGUUUUGACUAAAUCUCUUGACAUGGGGAUGCAUUUAUUAUCCUUGCCAUUGCUUCCCUCAAGAAAUCCAUUGGGUCAUCCAAAGAUUAUCUAAUCUGCUUUCCAAAAAGGGAUGAGAGAGAUAUCUUUAUACAUACAGACAACUGGUGUCUUCUCCCACACGUUGCUUUCAGAUAUACAGGAAAACUUGUUGGAGAAAAAUAUUUUUAGAAAAGGAAUUUAUCAGAAACUUUGAAAGCAAGCAAAUAACCACAUAAGGAAGUUAACCCCUGUCAGAGGCAUUAGAAAUCUUGAAGUCCAGAAGCCUGUGAUGUGUAAGAGUGACCAAAAUGCCAAGACCUCCUGUUUUUACUGAUCUCCUGUACCACUAGCAGCCAGAAGGACACACGCAGUGAGGGGUGAUGUUUGGAAAGGAAGAACCACAGAGCUGCUGGGACACGGGCAGGUUGUAGUGCAGACAGUUCCACUCAGCCUGGAGUUCCUGCUAGUUCAGUCACAUUCCUUAGGUUGCUUUUAUAGGUUGUUGCCAGCCCAUGUGGAAUGCACACGUUAUCAAGGUGUUCCUAGAAGUUACAAGGUUACCAGAGGUGGGGAAAGGUUUGUUGGUGUGGUGUUCAAAUGAAGCCACACAUGUGAUGAUGUGGCUCUGCAAAACCCAUUGAAACCUCCUUAUGGAAACCACCCUUUAAUUGGGAACAUGUUCACCCCAAGACUGAACAUGAUGGGCCUUAAAAGGCUCCACCUGACAAGUCAUAGAAUCCCAGAAUGGUUUGGGUUGGAAGAGAUCUUAAAAAUCACCUUGUUUGAACCCCCCUGCCAAGGGCAAGGACACAUUCCAUUAUGACCAGGUUGCUCCAACCUGGCCUUGGACACUUCCAGUCCCUUCUGUUCUUCUAUUUCUGUACUCCUUUUGUCCUCCCCCUGCCCUCCCAGAAAAAGAAAGCUGCCUUGCACUUUGUGCAGGUAUAGAGUUUGCAGCGCCCGACAGCAGAGAGCCACAAUGGAUAAGCACACACGGACACCUGGGACAGGUGAGAUUUGUUUGAACAAGGAGUGAAGUACCAUUAGCACUUGAGAUUCAGGCUCUGACUCAGAAUUUUAUCUUCUCAAAGCUGCCACUUGCCAACUUUAAAUGGCCUUGAGGCCUCAAGACUUGACAGGAAAUUUAUUAUUUUAAUGCUGUUUGAUCACUGUGCACUUUCUUGGGGCUUGAAUCACUGGAUACAGAGACAGGACUGGGGUUACAGAGCUUUAUAUCAAGGUAUUUUCCCAUUUGUGUCCAAUUCACUAGAUUUGGGAAUUUCUGCUACCACUGAAUGUUGGAGUUCUGCAGGUGGGAAGUGCCACCAGGGCUCCCUUUGAUGUCAUUAUGCCUCUGGGCCAUGCUGGGGCCUGUCACAGUGCAGUGGGAGCUCUCAGGUAGCAGGAAGGUGAAAAACCCCAUAUUCUGGUGAGUUUGUAGCUAGUCACUUUGCCUCUCUUGGGCUGGAGUCCAUCUUCUGAUUUGGUAUCUGCUGUCAGCUAUGGGGUAGGACCACCUCACACAGCUGUGUCUGAGCUACCCUUCGGUGUACUCCGGUUAUCGGAUCAUUGCUUCUAAUUCAGUGUCUCCUUGGAGAUUUGCCCUGGAUUUUUGUUCCACACCUCUUGUUAGCCUCACCUUCACCACUCCACUAUUUUAUAUGAGAAAGUUACUUCUUCUUUUGCAGACUUGCUUCUGAUUAAAAGAACCCUUUUGGAAA